AUGGACAAGGAAAGUGCAGGAGAAAUUCAGACUAAAAGUGAUUGCACUAAAAGCACUAACAAUCUUACCCAAGGCCUUAAAGCUGUCAAAAAUGACAAGUCAAACAAAGGAAGAGCUGCACUUGGAGCAGCAAAAUCACUUUCUUUUGGUCAAAAUGUUAAAAAAAGUAGAAGCCAGACGAUACUUUCAAGGCUCCUCACCUUGGAUAGAAGAAGCAUCAAGUAAGGAAUUGAGAAAUGUGAAAUGAUUUUGGAAGGUGAAGAGCCACACUGGCUUGCAACCAAACAAAAACCAGGCAGGAUGAGGUCACUGAAGAAACAAAGGAGGUUGUUUAUGAUUAUUGGAAAAUGGUGGCAAGUAGACCAACAGGAAACAAGAAAGACUUGAUUAGAAAACACAUUGGAGUGAAAACGUGGGUUGAACAUCCAAAGUACAUGUUAGAAAAAACCCAAAUGGAAGCCUACGCAGAGUUUGCAUCAAUGCAUCCAGAGAUAAAGAUAUCUCAGCGGAAAUUUGAAAACCUAAAGCCUUAUUUUGUUAGGGUGGCAAGGAAACAAGAUAGACAGACCUGCAUGUGUCACCAGCACAUUGUACUUCAAAUUGUUUUCAAAGACCGCAUGAAGUUUAGGAAGAGAUUUGUUGAUGAAAGCAGAGAAGCUAAUCAAGCAGUUACAGAAGUGUACACCUCAGUUGGAAAUAUUAUUGAAAAAACACUUUGCCCCAAACCCAAAGAUCACAACUAUCUUAAAUUGAAAUGCUUGAAAAGGAAGUGCAAAGACUGU